CGUUAUAUCCAGAAUGAUGUUGCGAUGCUUAAGUGUGUCUGUAUACCUGUUGGUACCUCUGGUUUUAACGUCCUUCGUAGUAGGGCAUCCACUCUGCCAGGAUUUCACAGCGCCGGCAAUUGCAAACCCCUCGCUUCAAUGGUGUGACGAGCCAGAGUACCGAUUCAAUGAGUCAUGUUGUACCGUAGAGUCCGAGAAUGUACUGCGGGUCGCGCACGAAGCGGCCGCAUUGACAAUAGUAAACCCUGAGUGCCAAUCCUACCUGAAGCAAAUACUAUGCUCAUCCUGUGACCAGUACUCCGCCCAUCUCUUUGGCACUGAGACGUUUGAGGAUCGAAAGGUCCCUAUGCUGUGCGAGGCGUACUGUAGUAUGGUUUAUGAAGCCUGCAAGAAUGAAAGCAUCGUCAGCUUAAGAUCCCUUGUGGGGUCAAAUUACACAGGAAAUGGAACUACUCUGGCGGAAGCAUACCCUACUGGGAAUGAUUUCUGUGGGGUGGCUGCAGCCGACGUAUCCUCGUACUGCUAUUCGGGCAUGUCAGUGGUUGAUGCCUUCGCCACGGCGCCGGUUGACAACUCAACGCAAACGAACGCCGAGGAUAACCUUGCGAUCUGCGUGGAACAGCUGAUUGGACAGCAACCGAGUGAUGUUCCGAGUCCGUUGAAGAUCGUUGCCUACCCUGGGAACGCAAACAAAUUCCUGGUGGUGCAUCAAACUGUUUCGUCUGUGUUACACAACAUGGGUACCAGAUUGGCAGAACAGCAUUCCAACGAGUUCGGCCCAUCCGAACAUCCAGCCUCAGUGAUGAAAGGCUCGAACCGCACUUGUGCGUAUUUCAUAGUGUACGUACACUACUCCUGCAAUCCACUCAUCCACGCCGAUUGCCAACGCACCUGUGCCGAUGGCUGUGAGUUCCCAUCCGGCUGCGACGAUGAGCCCCUGCUACCGAGCAGGCCCUGUCAGAUGGACCAUGUGGGGCUCAUCCAGUCUCUGGUUGUCUCGCCGAUGAGCUACGCAGUCCUAUCUAUCACGAAUGUGCUACGAGUACAACAGCCAUACGGCAACCACAAUGGUGGCGAAAUUCUGUUUGGCCCUGAGGAUGGAUAUCUUUACAUCUUCCUCGGCGAUGGAGGGGCUGGAAACGAUCCCAAACAAUACAGCCAGGACAUGACCAAACUUCUCGGGAAGGCGCUUCGCGUAGACGUAUCAGAGCCAUGGCCAGGGGCCCCUUACAGAGUACCUCUGGACAACCCGUUCGUCAACGUACGGGGAGCGCGCCCAGAAAUAUGGGCCAAUGGACUGCGUAAUCCCUGGAGAUGUGAUUUCGACCCGCGACGACCGACCUAUUUACUAUGCGGUGAUGUAGGCCAGAACAGAGCGGAAGAAGUGAGUCUGAUCCAAAAAGGCGGCAACUACGGGUGGCCCAGGUAUGAGGGUGACUUCCUUCACCAGCCAGAUGCGGUAGUGGAUGGGGCAACCCCUAUUCCGCCAGUCUUGGCGUACGCGCAUACACUCAAUCCUACUCCACAACACUCCAUUACAGGAGGGGUCUUCGUUCCUAAUACAACGGCUGCGGUUGUCUUCCCCAAUGACCAAGUGGACUAUUUCUUCGGAGAUCUGUAUGGCAUUAUGUUUGCGGCGAAAGAAACACCUUACAGUAGCGGUAUCUUCAGUAAUUCCACAGUCAAAACAGUACAGUGCACGGAUACCGGGCCGACGACAAAUUCGCGGCCGUGCACGGUGGCUGAGAACUCCUUGGGGUCGGUCAUCUUCUCCUUCGGUGUGGAUGGGAGUGACAACGUACUCAUCCUCACGCAAAGCACCAUAUUCGCGCUUGUGAGCCCGGACCACUGUGCCACGAGGUAG